AUUCCAGGGCGGGAUCACCAAAGGAGGCAGGUAAUCUCUUCUUUUGACAGAAAGAAUGGGAUUGCAUCGGCAUUCACAAUAGCAAUCAUUAUGCUGAACAUUAUUGUCUAUAGCAUAAGACGUCAUCUAUCAGAAGCUAACUCCGCCAUGAGAUGUAGAGCCGCAGAUGCGGAUCAAACUGCUCGGCAAUUCUCGCUUGAGGAGAUUCAACUAACCACAAAUAGCUUCAGUCACGAGUUCCUUAUUGGAGCCGGUGGAUAUGGUAAAGUGUACAGGGGAUGUAUUGAUGAGGGAGCAACUGUUGUGGCAAUAAAGCGCUUGAAGGAAGGGUCUAGGCAAGGAGAUAAGGAGUUCCAGACGGAGAUCAAAAUGCUAUCUGAGGCCCGGAAUGAACAUUUGGUCUCCCUAAUUGGCUUCUGCAAUGAAGGAAACGAGAGGGUAUUGAUUUAUGAGUACAUGCCUAGAGGAACACUUGAAGAUCAUCUCCACCAUAUUUCAACCGGGAACAUGCCACUCUCUUGGGAAAUGAGACUCAAGAUUUCAAUAGGCGCUGCACAGGGACUGCAUUACCUUCACACCUUCAACCACCAUAAUGCCAUCAUACACCGAGAUGUGAAAAGCUCCAACAUUCUUCUCGAUGGAGAUUGGGUGGCGAAAAUUUCGGACUUCGGUUUGUCCAAAAUGGGGCAUCGGGAUGAGCCGUUCGCCCACGUCAGCACAGAUGUCAAGGGAACGUUUGGAUACUUUGAUCCCGAAUACUUCUUGACUCGAAGAUUGACAACAAAGUCUGACGUUUAUUCUUUCGGAGUUGUGUUGCUUGAGGUUCUGACCGGUAGAGCUGCACUGGAUAAAAGGCUUGUCAUGGAGCAGAAAAGCCUUGCUACGUGGUCUGCGGGCUACAUGAGGAAAGGAAACGUUCAUGAAAUUGUAGAGACCAGUUUGGCUGGCCAAGUUUCUCGAGCUUGUUUGGAGGAGUUUGUUGAUAUUGUGCAAAGAUGCUUGCGCACACAACCACAUCGACGACCAGAUAUGGCUCAUGUGGUGUCCAGGCUUGAACUAGCCCUGGCAUUGCAACAAAAUGAGGCGGCGGAGAAAAUGGUCAUGAGUACUGAUAGUGAUGGAGCUUUUUCUUCCGAUGACCUAUCUGGACCCUUCUUGGAAGAAUUAAGUAUAGGCAAAGGCAAAGAUAUGAUUCACAUGGAGAAGAAAAGGAUAAGUUCCACCAAAAGAAGUGCACCAGCUCGGUGGCGUGGUUUCUUGAAACGCUUUACAGUGACAAAACCUUCUUCCUCAGCACAGCCAUCAAAGAUAAAAGCUGCUCCCUCAACACUGCCAUCAAAGAUAAAAGUUGCUCCCUCAACACUGCCAUCAAAGAUAAAAGCUGAUCCCUCUUCAACUACACAAUUCGAAGGACUUUUCCAUUUCUCUCACAAGGACAUCAAACAUGCCACUGAGAAUUUCAGCGAGAGUUCUGUUAUCGGUUUCGUGGACACAGAUAAGGUGUACAUUGGAUAUCUGAACGGGGGUUGGAUAGCCAUCAGAAGAGCUAUAAGUGAACCAUCAUCAAUUCAGAUGGCUUGUAAGCUACAAUUGAAACUACACAAUCUCCAACUGCCCAGCCAUCCUAAUGUUGUUUCUCUAAUCGGAUACUGCGACCUGCCUGACAAGAGAAGUUUGAUGCUUGUAUACAAUUACAUGGAAAAGGGUAGUAGUCUAUAUGAUCAUCUCCAUGACAACCCUAAAGAUCCUCUUCCAUGGAAGCAGAUGCUAAAGAUCUGCAUUGAUGCUGGACAUGGUUUGAAUUACCUUCAACCUAUCUUGAAACAGAGCAUGCUUCAUUGCAAUUUCAACUCCACCAACAUUCUACUGGAUGAGAAUUGGGCUGCUAAAGUUUCAGAAAUUUGUUGGUCAAGAAGGACAGACUGUAUUGAUCCUUCUGAAGGGGCAUAUCAGCAAUCCGUCUAUGUGCACGAACCAGCAUUAGAAAAGUCAUAUGUGUUUGCAUUUGGUGGGCUGCUAAUCGAAAUAUUAAGUGCCAAUUGUGAAAUGCACUGGAAAAUCCAGGAACGGGUAAGUUUUGCCGAGUGGUUCGGGUCAUACUCAAGAUGCACAGACAAAAACAUCUAUGGGAUAAUGUCACCAGAGUGCCAUAGCAUGUUCAUGGACAUGGCAAAGAGCUGUCUACAGGAGGAAAGCCGUAAAAGACCAACGAUGGGUGAGAUAAUUGCGGGUUUGGAGGCUGCACUUUGUUUGCAAGAAAAAAUGGAGGAUGAGGCUGCCAUGAGUAUUGAUAGUGACGGAGCCAUCUCUUUGGAUGACCUAUGUGAACCUUCUCAGGAAUCUUGAUGCAGCUCUGGAGUGGCUAGAGGCUUGCUAUUUCGGAUUUCCUAUUGGGGCUCCACAGGAGUUCGGAAAUGUACUUCAGCUGGUGGGUGCUUUUCACCUUUAUUCACCAAUCAACUCAAAUUAAGUAAGUGUUCGUUGUAUAUAUGAUUCACAUGAGAAAUGAUCCUGUCCAGCAGCCCCUGUCCGAACAUGGCCAUUUGGAGCACUUCCCGGUGGAAUUUUUUGAUGAAAUUUUUUGAGCA